UUUCCUGUCCCUCCUCCUCAGAGGAGCGACUCUGUCUCUUUCUGCACUUGUCUUUCCAGUCAAGGAGAAACUAAUUGGAGGAACGAAUACACAGGAGGAACUUUGGAUACAUUGAGCGCAGCUAAAGUUUACUUCUCUGCAGCAUGCCUCAGAAAGAUUACAGAAGUCAACCCAGCUGGGAGACUGGUGUCGCCUCCAUGAUGCAAAACAGUCACAGUGGAGUAAACCAGCUUGGAGGCGUGUUUGUAAAUGGAAGACCUCUCCCAGAUUCUACCAGGCAGAAGAUAGUGGAGCUCGCUCACAGCGGCGCUCGGCCAUGCGACAUAUCCAGAAUACUUCAGGUGUCAAACGGCUGCGUGAGUAAGAUCUUGGGUCGGUAUUAUGAGACCGGCUCGAUCCGUCCGCGGGCCAUAGGAGGGAGCAAACCCAGGGUGGCGACUCCAGAAGUGGUGGGGAAGAUUGCUCAGUACAAGAGAGAGUGUCCAUCCAUUUUUGCUUGGGAGAUUAGAGACCGACUGCUGGCAGAGGGAGUCUGCACCAACGACAAUAUCCCCAGUGUUUCCUCAAUAAAUCGAGUACUUAGGAACCUGGCAACAGACAAGAAUCAGAUGGGAAGCGGGGCGUCUGAAGGAAUGUUUGACAAACUAAAGAUGCUCAACGUACAUGGAUCCUGGGGAGGACGCUCAGGGUGGUAUGCAGGGACCCCCGUCCUCAACACGGACUGCCCUCAGGCAGACGGCGGGGAGAACAACCUCCCGAUCAGUUCCAACGGUGACGACUCAGAGGAGACUCAGAUGAGGCUUCAGCUGAAGAGGAAGCUGCAGAGGAACAGGACGUCCUUUACACAGGACCAGAUAGAAGCACUAGAGAAAGAAUUUGAAAGGACUCACUAUCCAGAUGUUUUUGCUCGUGAACGUCUUGCUAAUAAAAUUGAUCUCCCUGAAGCAAGAAUACAGGUUUGGUUUUCAAACAGACGUGCGAAGUGGAGAAGAGAGGAGAAGUUAAGGAAUCAACGACGGCAGGUUUUGAAUACCUCAAACCAUAUUCCCAUCAACAGCAGCUUUAGCAGCAGCGCUUAUUCCUCUCCACCUCAGCCUUCUGCUCCAGUGUCCUUUUCUUCGGGAUCCAUAAUGGGAAGAUCGGACCAAGUUCUAUCCAACAGCUAUGGCCUUCCAGCUAUGCCAAGCUUUAGCAUGGCUGCUAGCUUGCCCAUACAAGCAUCAAACCAUACCUCUUAUUCCUGCAUGCUUCCCAGCAGCCCCUCGGUAAACGGUCGAAGUUAUCAGACAUAUACUCCACCUCACAUGCAGCCGCACAUCAGCAGCCAGCCGGUGACGUCCUCUACAACAUCUUCAACAGGUCUGAUUUCUCCUGGGAUCUCGGUUCCAGUCCAAGUUCCUGGAGGCGAAGCAGAAAUGUCACAGUACUGGCCUCGCCUGCAGUGACGCUGUGACUCGGAGUCUGGGAAUCCUCGAGGGAGAGCUGCCAUCUCCGCUUCGUGUCAGAGCACAGGUUGAAGUUCGGCACAAAGGACUGUUCUGCUCCGGAUCACAGGAGUUCAGUUCCCCUGCAGGAGCAGCACCACAAGCCCAUGACUGAUGACCACCCUUUGGUAGCGGCAAGCGUUGGAAAGAAAAAUGGUUUUCAACAAACAUGGACCUUCCACUGAUUUUAACUUUGAUGCCAUUUGAUCAUCUUUACAUUCUGCUGAAUUUGUAUUUCUGUCUGGAUAAAAAAGACCUUCAUGAAACUGGAAAUCUACUGUCUGCUGUGUUUCUUUUUCUCUUCACCAGAUUGCAAAAAAAAGCCUGAACUUCAGACAUGUACAGGAAUUUCAGAUAAACAGUUGUUCUAUAUGUUUGGUAUUGUAAACCAUAGCAUAUAUGUGAACAAGCAUGGGUCCGAAUUUGAACUAAAUCUUUUCUUAAUUUGAUUCCAAAGCUUCAGUGUCCAAAAGAUGUAAAGUAGUUUCCGAUUUCAAAUGUGAAAGUGUUUGUCUCAAGUGUUCUGGGAGGGUUUUCCAUAAUAAAGCUCUAAAGUUGUA